GCUCUCUUCCCAGGGGGAUGGGCACCGCAGAGGCAACUCUACGAAUGGAGAACUUGGAGGUGAAAGACGAGUGGCAGGAUGAAGACUUCCCCAGACCACUACCAGAGUACGGAGACAUGGAUCCCUCUUGUGGUCUCACAGACGACAGAGCUUCUCCCCCUAACUCCCUGAAUGUGAGCUCACCUGGAGGAGGAGGCGCAAUGUCCUCGUCCCACCGCAAACGGCGUACAUUGGUUGCCCCGGAGAUGAACCUUUCACUGGACCAAAGCGAGGGCUCUUUGCUGUCGGAUGACUUCCUGGAUACACCGGAUGACCUGGACAUCAACGUUGAUGACAUUGAUACGCCUGACGAGACAGACUCGCUGGAGUUCAUCACCAAUGGAAACGAGCUGGAGUGGGAAGAUGACACGCCGGUGGCCUCGGCCAAAGCCGGUCCCGCUGGCGGUUCGGGAGACGUGGAUGAGGAGGGGAAUGUCAACAACGGACGCCUCUGGAGGUCGGUGAUCAUCGGAGAACAGGAGCAUCGUAUUGACAUGCAGGUCAUCAGGCCCUACCUCCGGGUCAUCACACAUGGAGGUUAUUAUGGCGAGGGUCUGAAUGCCAUCAUUGUUUUCUCUGCCUGUUACCUGCCUGACAGCAGCUGUGCAGACUACCACUACAUCAUGGAGAACCUCUUCCUGUAUGUGGUGAGCAGUCUGGAGAUGCUCGUGGCUGAAGACUACCUGAUCAUCUACAUGAACGGAGCCACUCCUCGGAGUAAAAUGCCCGGGAUCGGUUGGCUCAAGAAAUGCUACCAAAUGAUUGACAGAAGAUUGAGGAAGAACCUGAAGUCUUUGGUCAUUGCUCAUCCCACUUGGUUCAUACGCACCGUCCUGGCUAUAUCCAGGCCCUUUAUCAGUGUGAAGUUCAUGAAUAAGAUCCAGUAUGUGCACAGCCUGGAUGAACUGGCAGAGAUCGUCCCCAUGGACCAUGUCCAUGUCCCCGAGUGUGUGGUGCAAUUUGAUGAGGAGAGGAUUAAAGCAAGGAGGGAAAGGAUGGAGCAGGAGCACAGACAACAGGACCAGCAGCAGCCAAUUAAAAAAUCUGAGAGGCCGAAGUCGAUGUAUGUAAAUCAUGAGUAAUGAGAAGGACAGCUUCGCAGGUAGAGUGCGUGACAGACGUCUGGAGCAUGAACCUUUGGAUUUUUACCCGUAUGAAGCAGUGGGUCCAACGAGUCUACACAUGCUUCCUUGUUUCACCAACAUCCAGCUGGAGAUGUGUGCUGUGAAGAUGGUGACCUUAUUAACCCUUUGUGUGGAACCCCUUCCUCCUUUCUGCAAACUUGAAAGUGUACAAAGGAAGUCGCUGCAGGAAGUGUUUCAUUCUGGAAACUAUUGCUGGGUUCAUCGACUCAUUAACCUGCCGUGUGGUCGGACCUGUUCUGUAGCCCACAUUGUAAUAUCAUAUCAUCGUAUAUAUAUAUCAUAUAUGUUUUUGUUAAUAAUUAAAUGAAAAUAGAAAAAUUAAUUGAAAUCUGACAUUUGGACACAACUGAUGUGACCAUAUGUUAUUAAAUAUGCAACACUUGGCAAGACUAGAGAUGUCUAACAGAAACAUUAUUGAUGUAGCAGAUGCUGAUCUUGGGUCAGUUUGUGACCGCCAGACCAGAAAUGCAUUCAUAUUCAUGCUGGUUUGUGUGAAUAUAAUGUGUGUAUGGAAAUAACAAUGCAUCAGAUGCCUUCAUCUUUAUUUGUUUUGCCUCAUACCAGCUGUAUCAUAAGGCCUUCCCACGCUCUCUCUCUUUUGCUGUAGUGACGUUUUGAAAAUGUCCAGAUGUACUAACAUCUGUACUGUAACUCGUGUUAAUGGUGUGCCUCAGUCGUCUCAUGUGUAGAAAAUACAGGAACAUGAUCAGUAUUUGCAUUUGUGAGCUGGAAACCCCAUAUAAAAAAGAUCUUAAAGAAAUAUAUGUGUUGUAAAAUACAAUGCUUGUUUAUUUUGUGAAACAUGGUUAUGGCCACAUAAAUAUAUGUCAUACAACAUUAAACCUGUGCGCUUUAAAUGAAAAUUUGGCCCGUAAUCAUAUUACAUAUAAAAUGUAUAAGACGCAUAUAAUACUAACCCACUAUAGAGAAAACAUCUGCAAUAAUUUUGUAUAAAAGUGGCAAUAAUCAAGACACAAUACACAAACAUUGUACAUAUGAUUGCAUAUUAAUGUUUAAAUUGUGCAUAUAUAUAAUUCCUAUUGAUUUGUUUCGGAUGGGAACAUUUGCUGUCAGCUUAGACUGUGAAAACAUGUUCAUGACCACUAACUUUAUUAAGUAUUUCAGUGGCCUCUGAUGACAUGUUGUUAUUUUUCCAGAAUCAUAAAGUUGUUGUAGCUUAUGUAAAGAUGUUGUUUAUGAUUUCAAAGGUUUUGUGCAUUUCGGCAGAUCCGAAUGCAUAAGGGAUCGGAUGUUCUCUGAGGUGACAUUGAUUUCCUCUCGUGUCUUCCAUCUGUCCAACUUAUUGUAGCAGGAGGGCAGAGAAGUAAGGUUUUUUAUUUUUGUAAAGAACUGCAUCAAUUGUAAUGCCUGGCUACCUUUUGUUUGCACUAUUGGAUUUGGUAUGUUUAGGUGGAGAAAAGUUCUCCGAAAGCAUAUUUUGUGUUGUUAGGUAGAAUUGCUGAUGGCAUGCAGUUGUGUAGCGGUUAGGAAUGAACAUGUUUAUGUUUCAUACAGAAAACUAGUCUCAUGAAAUGUUUGUUUCUAAAGUGCCAUCUCAAUUCACUUCUUUUGCCUUUUUUUUAAGCUCAGCUUACUCCUGUUUUUAAACCAGUAAACCAAACAUGAGCAGUUUCAUCAAAUAUUGACCGUCCCUGAACAGCUUAUUUACUGAAGCUCAUCAUUCUUUGUGUUUGAGGUUUGUUUGCACUGAGUGCCUAUUUUUGCACCAAAUUAUUUUUUAAGAAUCUAGAAAAGCUGACAGAAUGUAAAGUGCAGCCUGUCCAUUCAUAGUUAUUGUAGUUUACAGGUGUAUUAUAUCAAAUUUCACCCAGUAAUAUAAGCAAGGUUUGCAUAGAAAUGGUUUAUGUGACCUUUCCAAAAUGUUCAAAUGUUCCUUUUGACGAUAAAAGCACAAUAUUUAUAUUAUUACAAAUUAUUUGCCUACCAUUUGUCUGCUGUAAAACGUUUGCUCAGAUUUAAAUGGGAAAGAUGAUCUAUCAUUCAUGGUUCUGUGCUUUAGAUUUAUAUGAUCGAUGCUGCCUUGUACAUAUAACUGAAUAAACUGUUCCUCCCA